AUGAAGAGAAAACUAUAUAAAUUAUCAUUGUUUAAGGAAAUAGACGAAUUUAAUCAGAAAGAUGAUGAUGGACACUAUAGUGAUGAUUCAUCUGUCUCUGAUGAAUUUCUGAACACUACUCUUGAAGCAUAUUAAUCUCAGAUCUUUAUAAGCAGUAAUCAAACAUUUAGUUCGAUUCACUCAGAACAACUUCAAUUUAUUCAAGGAGUAUUCGAUAAGUCUGAAGAAAGUGAAAAAUCAAUUGACUUCAAUAUUACAAAUAUUGAUGGUGACAAUAGAACUACCUUGAUGAUGAGAAACAUCCCUCAAACCUACACCAAAGAAAUGAUUAUGAUGGAAAUAGAUCCAAAAUUCAAAAACAAAUUUGAUUAUUUCAACUUUCCAUUUGAUGGUACUUCCAAUCCUGGUUAUGCCUUCAUCAAUUUGAAGUCCAAAUCUUAUUUAAGAGAUUUUUAUAGUUACUUCAAUGGGAGGAAGUGGAAAAACACUCCAUCAAAAAAACCUUGCUAUUUGAAAUACGCCAAAAUUUAGCAUAAAAAAUUCAAAUAAAUUAACCCUUAGAUUUAUUUACAAUAAAGUAGUGUGAUAAAACUGGUCUAGAGUUAAAAAUUACAAUGCAAUCUGUGA